CCGCAUAAAAAAUAAAAUAUAGGGUUUGGGUUUGGGUUUGCGUUUGCGCCUCGUUUCCAACUGCCCAGUGCUCGCCUCAAAACCUUAGCAGGAAAUCGAAAAAUCUCACCGCCACCGCCGUCACCGUCACCAUGGGUCGCAUGCACAGCCGCGGUAAGGGUAUUUCUGCCUCAGCACUGCCGUAUAAGAGGACUCCACCCAGCUGGCUCAAAAUCUCUUCUCAAGAUGUCGAGGACAACAUUUGCAAGUUUGCAAAGAAGGGCUUGACACCAUCUCAGAUCGGUGUCAUCCUUCGUGAUUCUCAUGGUAUUGCUCAGGUUAAGAGCGUUACUGGAAGCAAGAUCUUGCGUAUCCUCAAGGCUCACGGUCUGGCCCCUGAAAUUCCUGAGGAUUUGUACCACCUUAUCAAGAAAGCUGUUGCCAUCCGCAAGCAUUUGGAGAGAAACAGGAAGGACAAGGAUUCCAAAUUCAGGUUGAUCCUUGUCGAGAGCAGGAUUCACAGGCUCGCUCGCUACUACAAGAAGACAAAGAAGCUUCCUCCUGUCUGGAAAUAUGAGUCUACAACUGCCAGCACUCUUGUUGCCUAGAUUUGGCAUGUAUGUAGUGCAAUUUGGGGCAUCCUCGUGAUUCAACAUUGUUGCACCGAGCAUGUUAGAUUGCAUUUUCCUUUUCCGGCAAGUUGGGUUUUGAUGUAAGACUAUUAAUAGAUGUUAAAAGGUUUUGUUGACUGAAAAGAGAGUUAAGAACUCAUUUUUGUGUUCAAUUCUAUUUC